AUAUAAAAAGCAAACUGCAGCUCAGCUAGCCAUAGUGGGGGAGUGAAGAGCAGGGGGGGACCAUGGAUUUCAUCAGCAUUCAGCAGUUGAUAAGUGGUGAGAGGACUGAGGGUAAAGUUCCAGGGAUCAGACAUGGAGUCAUUGAUCCUGGAGGCUGGAGAGGUGGCCCCGGACUAGGUCCUCUCUGGACUGUGGCUUUGGAGAAACAAAAGUUAGAGGAAGAAAAAAGGAAGAAGCUUGAGACUUUUAACAAUUCCAGGCUCAAGCUUGAGAGCCUGGAUGACCUGGAGAAUUUAGUACGGAAACGAAAAGAAAAGCGCCUAAAACGGAGGGUCCCCCCCAGGGUACCAGAUCCCCCAGUUCAGCGGCAGCUCCUGUCCCAGCAGCAGCCUGUGGACCUUGAGACAUUUCUGAAGGCAGCUGUUGAAAAUCAAGAGCUCCUGAUUGACAAGUACCUGGCAGACGGCGGUGACCCUGAUGCCCAUGACAUGUUUCAUCGAACAGCCUUACACUGGGCAAGCCUGAAGGGUCAUAGCCAGAUUGUGGACAAACUACUGGAGGCAGGUGCCAUGGUGGAUGCUCGAGACAUGUUGGACAGGACACCUUUGUUCUGGGCCUGCCGUGGAGGACACCUAGACAUCCUUAAAAAGCUGCUCAACCAAGGGGCUAAAGUCAAUGCCCGGGACAAGAUCUGGAGUACACCCUUGCAUGUGGUUGUUCGAACAGGACACUGUGACUGCCUUGAACACCUUAUUGCUUGUGGGGCCCAGAUUGAUACACAGGAUAAGGAGGGAGAUACAGCCUUACAUGAGGCAGUACGGCAUGGCCGUUACAAGGCCAUGAAGAUAUUGCUGCUCUAUGGGGCCUCACUGGGUGUUCGAAAUGCUGAGGCAAUGACACCUGUACAACUAGCACGAGAUUGGCAGAGAGGCAUCCAGGAAACACUACGGGCCUAUGUUGGGCAUCCCCGAACUCGUUGCUGAAGAUGCCAGACCUUGUAGAGGCUCCUACCAUUCCAUCCCCUUCCCUUUGGUCCCUUUUCUACCAGUUAUGGGUGGUUCCCUGGCCACAAGUUGGGAUGUUCCCAGGUCUAAUAAUCCCUUAUCCCAUUGGCCAUUCAUCUGUUCUAUUGACCUAUCUCCCCACUCUCCUCCACAAUUCCUAGGGCUCUAUAUAGCAGGGAAUAUUGGUGCAGACUACUUUUCUUGCCCUUGAAUUUAUCCUUUCAUCUAACCUGUAGCUACCUCAAAGAGGAAAAAAAAAUCCCAUUAAGAGAAAGCAAGGUCAGGAUUAAGGACAGAUAUUUCAGAUAGCUCUAAGAGGUGUCCUGUUUGGUUUGAGCUGAUCAGAUAGUAAUUUCUCAAGAAGGUAGGAGAGAAGAAACUCAAGUUUGUGGGUGGUAACAGUGAAGUGAAUGAGUGUGAGGUUUAAGAUACUCACAAAGGUGAAGUUAGGGCUAGUGAAGAUUAGGGAGGUGGAAAUUGUUUGGUGGUGGAUCAACCGUGGUCCCAUAAAAGCUGUUCAGAAGCAUCAGAACCAGAGUUGCUCUUUAGCUGGUGGCUGGUCUAAACUCUGUUGCAAUUUCUCUAGGGACUCCUCCUCAACAGCAAUAGCAACCCUGAUGGGGUGUGGCCUCACGAGAAGUUCCAGUUUUAGGGACUCAUGAGUUGGUGGUUGUGACCUCAGCAGAACUGAGGUAUGCUCUGGGGGCUUUUUCAUUCUGUCUAUAAAACAGCAAACCCAAAUAACCAUAACCAACUCUGGUUGCUCCAGAUUCCCCCAAGAAUGACAGAUGAGAGUAUCUUCCCAGGGGAGUCAUUCCCUGUGCCCAUGAGCUUUGGUCAGAACUUUUGAGAUUUGCUUCAAUUUCCAUUCUCACUAGGGCCUGCUCAGUAUUAUGUGGUCUCUUGCUCUGUGGUUACAUGUGGCACACCCAGGAUACUUGGGGUGGUGGCCCAUACUUGCAAGGGUUGAGGCUGCCCUGUAUAAUACAGCAGGUAGGACUUCAGUCCUAGAGAAGAUUCCCGUGGUUUUGAUGUCACUUCCAAGCAAAGUUUGGGUCCUCAGGCUUCCUUGUGCCAAGGCACAAGAGAAAAGGCUGCAGAAGGGAUGGCAGAACUGAGUAUACAAUGCAUUCUAGAUACUUUCUCCAUAUAUUUUUGUACACUGAAAAUGGUUAACUGAGACUUUUUUCUUUUUAUUGCCUCUCUUAGUGAAUCCUGGUAGAUGGAAUCCUAAGGCAAGUUUCUACUAUCCUUCCCUAGACUAAGGUUUCUGCUUUCUGCUGUUAGUCCAGUACUGCUGGUCAGGCUGAGAUCUUAGCAUCAGCAGAGCCCUCCUCAUCUUCAAACACUUUACCUUGGGCCCACUGACAGAAGAAUAUAAGGGGAAAAGGUGGUGGAAGCCCAAAGAAGGGCAGGCCCCCUCCCUUAGACUGUUAUGGGCUAUGCCAAAUCCCUGGGCCAGGCCUAAAUUGAAGACCUGGAUUACAUAUUCUUAACAUGACAAGUGCCAUUGUGGUGGCUAAUAUUCCGUUUUAGGCUCCCACUUCCCUUGAGCUUUAAGGCUACAGCGUCCUCCAUGCAGGAUAAGAGCAAUAGACAAAGCCUACCCCCUUGGGUUGAAGCUUCAACUCACCAGCGGCAGCUUGGCCUUGCCUUCUAGGCUACAGAGCCUUUGGGGCUGGUGCCAAGAGGAAAGCAGCUGUCACAUGAUUAUGGCAGUGACUACUCCAAAGUUAGAAAAUGGAAAAAUGCAGUAAGAGCAAAUGAAACAUUUUUAUAUGGAUCAAUUUGUUGUUGUUAUUCAUUAAAACUGAUUCUCUUUUGUA